GGUGACCAUUGGUGGCUCUACGUCAAUCUCUGGCGGAAACACCUUUUCAACGGGCACUGGCCAAGUGGAUCUCAAUGGCAACGUGGUGGUUGCUGACUCGAGAACAGUGACUGUGGGUUCGGCGGGGUCUGGUGGUACCACAACGCUUUAUGGCAAUGUCGUCGUUGGCGACACCGGUACCGGGAACGGAGCUUCCCUCACACUCAACGGCAACUUUGCGCAGAACGACGUCACAGGUGCGGUAGCAUCCUUCUCCACUGGCACAGACAGCGUUAACCUGAAUGGGCACGUCACGGUGGCCACUGGCAAGAAUUUGGUCAUGACAGCCACAGGCGCUGGGCAAUUCACAACUGGCACAGGCACCGUGACUCUCAACGGGAACACGAUUGUGUCAAGCAGCAACACGUUCACUUCUGGAACUGGGGCGGUGACGCUCAAGGGCGCAACCACCGUGGAUGAUUCGAUUACCUUCACUGUGGGUUCUGCUGGAGCAGGUGGUACCACAACCCUGUACGGAAACGUCGUCAUUGGUGACAGCACCGGCGCCGCUUCCUGCACCGUGAACGGAGACAUUACUCAGGCAGAUGUGGGAGCGACCCAGACGGCUUUCACAACUGGAACCGGAUCGGUUCAGCUGAAUGGGGACGUGACGGUUGCUACUGGAAAGAAUCUGCACAUGGUUGCCACCGGUGCUGGUACCUUCCAGACUGGCACAGGAUCGGUCACCUUAAACGGCGUCACCCAAGUGGGAGGCUCCAACACCUUCAGCACUGGCACCGGCCAAGUCAACCUGAACGGGCCUGUUGUGGUAGCGGAUAACCAGCCCCUAUCCGUCGGCAGCGUUGGAGCCGGAGGCGUUGUACAACUGUUCGGAGACACGACGGUAGGAUCCACCGCCAUCAAUGGCGCCUCCAGUUCGCUGAAGGUCUAUGGAAAUGUAAAUUUCUACGACGACCAAGAUGGCACUGCCAAGACGUUCUCCACAGCCACAGGCGCGAUCACCCUGAAUGGCGAUAUUGGUGUGGCAGCUAACAAGGACCUCAUUAUGGCAAACACAGGCACUGGACAAUUCCAGACUGGUACUGGCACCGUCGUGCUUAGUGGCGCCACCUCUGUGGUCAGCGGCAAGUCGUUCACCCUGGAUGAUUUCACCAAUAUCAUCAACUGUAACCAUGCCGCUGCUGACGUCGGCAGCACCUUCUGCAAAGCCAGCCGAUAA